AUGAGUAAACAAGUGAUUCACUCUCACUUUGAGAAGUUAGGAGAGUAUGUUUUAACUAAACAUGUCUUGGAAGGAGGUAUUCUUCGGAAAGCAACUGUGAACGAUCGGGAUGCUAAAAUUACAACUCUUCGUCACGUAAUUCCCUAUGUUCAUUGCUAUCACCAAAAAGUUGAAAAUUAUGAAGGAAGAAUGACGAAUAAAACUCUCCAAGAGUCGUAUUGUAGAGAAUAUGGAGUGGAUGAGAGUACCUUUAGGAGAAUGUGUGAAAUGAAUGUCAUUACAUUGAAUGAAAAACCAAUUACCAAAUCGUUAUUGAAAUAUAAAUUAAAGGAUGAUGAUUGUUUUCAAGUGAAGGACAUGAGAAUGGAUAGACCUAUUAAACAUUUUGAUAAAUUGGAAAUUAUCAAAGAGGAGAAUGAUUUUGUUGUGGUUACCAAACCACCAGGUAUUUGUGUCCAUCCCAUUAAAAGAUAUCACAAAAAUUCACUCUUUUACAUGUUGGAACAUGAAUAUGCUCAUCACUUUGGAAAUGAUUUACAUUGUAAGACUAUUCACAGAUUGGAUAAGGAAACAUGUGGAGUUUUAAUUGUUGGAAAAACAUCUGAGGGAGCCAAGUAUUUCCAAAAACUUUUGAAGGAGAAACAAGUCGAAAAACAAUAUAUUGCUAGGGUUGAUGGGAUUGUGAAAGGAAAACCCCAAUUUGAAAUUAAUGACCCACUUGUCUGCAUUCAGAGAUGGGAUAAUAUUUUCAAAUCCAUAUCGAAUAAGGAAGUUGAAAAGGAAUAUCGUGAGAUUUGUAAGAAGAAUCGGGUUGCAUUUCAACCAAAACCCUCAAAGUAA